AUGGCAAUCGGUACCGAUUUCUCCACGACGUCUCCGCAACCAGCGGAGACCUCCACAGCGAGCUCCUCACCAGUGAAUCCCCGCGUCUGGCAAGGGUCUUUCAUAGUUGAAACCGCGAACAUGCGGCGGAGGGAAUCGCCGAUGUAUGUGAUGACGAACCCCACACUCUCCGUCGCCUUGAUCCCUGAUUUACCUACCGAGGAGAUUUUUUGCGAUACAGAAAGGAAAAAGCUGAAAGCCGGGAUUCUCUGCCUCUACUGCCCGGCACAGAACCAUUGCAGUUUGUCCAUGAACGAGAACUGCGACAGCACCGUCAGGAAGGAUAUGCUGGAAGCGUUGAGACGGAUCGCGAAUGGGUCGGGGACUGCUAAAGAAAACAAGAACAACCAGAACACUUUCGCGACAAACGCCACGGUCUUCGACUUGCUGACGACCAGGUCAUUAGCGAUUCCGGUCUCAAACGGGCAGUUGAUGCUGGGCACCUGGCAGGGGGUUUAUCUUUUCUACGAUAACUACUUCUGUUCUGCGGAGCAAAACGGGCCGCCAAAGGUGUUCUGGGCGUUGAUAGAGGGGGCGGAGUAUGAGAGGACGGAGUAUUCGGCGAAUCAUGCUGGGAGUUUUUCGCUCGGGACCUAUUUGAAGGAAACCACUCUAUCUAACGAAGAGGAAUCAGAUUCCCAGUUUCACUGCCUAACGCACCUCCACACACACCACACAUCCGCGAGCUUGUGCUUGAGGGAUAAAGAACAACAAGCAUUCAAAGAAAAGGGAAACUCUCCCGAGAAGCAUGAUCCGAAGAAGCCGAAGCAAGCGAGGCGCAUUGCCGCGUUGGCGAAGCAGGGACAAAAGAGCAACUCCGUCGAUCUGGAAAGAGAAGUCAUGAACGAAGUGGUCCUGGACCGGUGGAACGACGAAUUUUUCGAGCACACGUACGAAGGCCGGGACGACAUGACUGGCCACCUGAAAUGCACCUUGCUCGGAUGCUCAACCAUACUGGAUUUGAAUUCGCAGGGCAGAAGCAAAAACGCCGUCUUGAACGAGCAUCGGGAGGGGCGGUCGCUGAGGAAAAUCUCGCUGGUGCACGUUUUGUACAGUUCGCAGAAGAUCAAGAAGAGUUUGGAAGAACAGGCCGCAGGAGCUGCCGCACUAGCAGACUCUAGUACAAAUUCUACUGCGCCAUCCAACAAACAGGUGGUAGAGAUAGUGAUAGACGACCCCAGCAGCUCGUCUGCUCCGAUAACGGAUGUCACGGAGCUCGUGAUACAGCAUGUAAUUGGUCGCAGCUCUGCAUCUACUGCGGCCACAGCUCCUGCCGUGCUUUUUGUCGGUGUCUCGGGUCCGGCCAGGUUGGUCACAAGCAGGUCGAAGUUUCCGGUGGAUACGUUGAAAGCGCUGUGUGCGAGGGAGUACUGGUAUCACCUGCUGCCUUCCUCCGCGAUGAUACCUCUCGGUGGGUUGCGUUCAUUUGACAGUGGCACGAGGACCGCUGGGGAAGAACAGGAUAGGUUUUUUGUGGUCACUCAAGCAGGACCAAAUACUUCAGCUAUCAAACUGACGCUUGUUAGCCUGUGA